UAACUGUUUUAAAAAUCAGAUUUCUUGAACUUUCACAUAGUGUAUUUACUUAGGAAAUGAUUUUGGUCAUGAUUGGUGCCCUUUAAACUAAGGAUUGCCCCAGAGAUGCUCUGCCCUUUCACUGUGCAGAACUGACAGGACGAUAAUAAAGUGCCAGAAAACAAAAUCAAACAUGAAAAAGAAUCCUCACAAGAGGAAUUGAGAAGGGCAAUUGGCCUCCAGUUCUCAACCUUCUCAUCAUCCUUCCCCUUCGAGAGUAAAAUGAAAGAAGAAAACCUAAUUGACUCAGGCAUACCCCCCUCCAAACAUUCAUUAAAGAUCUUAACUAACACCGGGACAGCGAUUUAAAGGUUUUAUAAAAUUCUGCCGUUAGCCCAUCAGUCCCUGGAGCUUUCUCGUUAUGUAUUUUAUCAAUCGCACCCGCCACCUCUUCUUCCUCAAUAUUUGCUGUCAAUGGGGAAAAGUCCAAAUUUACUGUAUCAGGUCCUGGGGUCGCCUUUAAGAAGAUUUCAGUCCUUUCUCUCUCCAAAGUUUUACUUCUGAACAGACCAGUAUAGUACGACCUUACAACCCCGAGGAUUCCCUCCCUGGAUUUCUGCAACUCCCUCGGAGUCAAUAAGACCAGUCACCUGAUUUUUCUUAAAAUUCUUGAAAGGAUCAGGGGAAUUUUAUGCCCCAAAAUCUCUCACCAGAAUCAUAGAGUCCUUGAGACUGUACUGAUGUUGUCUAAUCAGAUAUUUCAACCGGGCAAUUUUCUCCCCCACCACCCCAGCCGAAAUUAAGGUUCUUCUUCCUCAGAGACUGUUGAAUAAAUGAAAGAAGAAGCCCCAGAAGCGAAUUAUUCUCUUUGGAUAAAGACAAGAGACCAUUAGACUGUGAAACUUCUCCAACACCAGCAAAUCCUCACAUUGGAAAGAAACAUCUGUAUCAGACUCAGAAAAAGCUUUAGUACAAUGAACAUUCCCAACUCCCAGGAUGAACUCCCCUCAGUAAGCGAACAAUCCAAAUUCUCAGAAUGUGGGAAAAAAAUUACAGACAAAAGUCACCUUCAAAAUCAUAUGAGAACUGACACAGGAGAGAAACCAUUUACAUGCACAGAAUGUGGAAACAGUUUCAGCUGCAGCAGUGCCCUUAAAAAACACCAGAGAAUCCACACAGGGGAGAAACCAUUUACCUGCACAGAAUGUGGGAAAAGCUUUGCAAGAAAUGACAGUCUUAAUACUCACCUAAGAAUUCACACAGGAAAGAAACCAUUUGAGUGCACAGCAUGUGGGAAAAGUUUCAGGGAUAGAGGUACCUUUAGAAAACACCAAAUAAUUCACACAGGGGAGAAACCAUUUGAGUGCACAGUAUGUGGGAAAAGAUUUGCAAGGAAAGACAGUCUUCACACUCACCUGAGAAUUCACACAGAGGAGAAACCAUUUACAUGCACAGAAUGUGGAAAAAAAUUUGCAACAAAAGUGAACCUUUGUAGUCAUCUGAGAACUCACACAGGAGAGAAACCAUUCAUGUGCCAAGAAUGUGGCAAACGUUUCAGCUGCAGCAGUGACCUUAAAAAACAUCAGAGAAUCCACACAGGGGAGAAACCCUACCCAUGUACGGAAUGUGGGAAUAAAUUUAUAACAGAAUCCCACCUUCAUUUUCACUUGAGAACUCACACAGCGGAAAAACCAUUUGAGUGCACAGAAUGUGGGAAAAGGUUUGCAAGAAAAGACGGCCUUCAUACUCACCUUAGAAUUCACACAGGAGAGAAACCAUUCAAGUGCACAGAAUGUGGGAAAUGCUUCAGGGAAAGCAGGACCUUUAGAAUACACCAGAUAAUUCACACAGGGGAGAAACCUUUUGAGUGCACAGAAUGCGGGAAAAGAUUUGCAAGAAAAGACAUCCUUCAUUCUCACAUUAGAAUUCACACAGGGGAGAAACCAUUUGAGUGCACAGAAUGUGGGAAAAGUUUCAGGGAAAGCAGUACCCUUAGAAAACAUCAAAGAAUUCACUCAGGGGAGAAACCUUUUACAUGCACAGAAUAUGGGGACACAUUUAGGAAAGAAGGCUGCUUUGAUACAUGGGGGCAUGGGCCAUUUUUUUAUGACUAAGGGUCCAGGCUAUUUGUUGGCCAGGA